GCAUCAUAGCUGAGUACUUGAGGCUGAUGUUGAACAUGCCAGAUUUGUCAAGCCCCAGGGUGCAGGGCUGGCUUGGCUGACACCACACGCUGCGUACAGUCCCCUGGUUUACUAGAAUUGUCUCCUAAUAUAAAACACCCUGCCUUGCCUGGGUCAUGAGUGAGGAGGAAAGCAGAAUGCCCUGUGUCAAGAGCACUUAUUUUGAAAAGCUCUUGAACUUGCAGUAAAUCAGAAAGUCUGGGGAAACUUAUCCAGCCUUUUAAUUAGCAGGAUACCAGCUUUUUAGGGUAUGUUGCUUUGGCUGCAAGCAUUGUUCUGACUUGCAGUAGGGAGGUAGUAACUUGUUUGGGCAUUGGGGUUUUUUGGGGUUUUUUGGAGGGGAAAAGAGGGAAAGCAAAUAAUGAUGUGACAAGUCAGCAGAACUAAUUAUGCAUGUGUGUUUUAUUACACCCCUGGCUUGGUUUAUUCCUAAUCCUGGGUCUGCACAUCCUCCUUGAUGUGGAGGCCAUGUACGCCUAGGACCUAUUGACCCAUUGAAAGUAAACCUUAAAGGUAGUAUCAGGAAGCACUUCUAGGGCUAAUAUUACUGUAACUAAUGCUGUGCUGCAGGCCAGGCACUUACCUCUUGGAAAUGGGUCACUGAAGCUAAACAAAUUCCCCCCAUCUGAGGUUCUGACCUAUAUGUAGAUUUCAAACCAAGUGAACAAAUUGUCAAGGUGCUAUUUUUGCAUUUACUUUGAAUUUGAAAUUAUGACAGUCUCAGUUCUUAGUCAGUCAGAUUUCUAGUAGCAGUCAAUUUUUCUUAAAGGACUUGAGUGAAUGACUAAAGGUUGAAAACUGGGACAAACCAGUUUGGGGUUUUUUUUCUGUCAAAUAGAAUCUGCAACCCUAAACAAAUUAUAUAUUUGUCGUUACUCUUAAAACCAGCCUGGAAUUGAAAGACAGCUGCCUGCUUCUGUUUUUGUGCUUGAAUUAAAUUUCCAACCUCGACCCGUGAAAUUGGCAAAAUUUCCAUUUGGACCCAAGAGAAAUUGCUGUUUAGGAAGGUUCUUUAUCACUCCUUUCGAAGCUGUAGCCCAGCCCUGGAGGCACCUGGUGGAUGACCUUUGUUUUCUGUAGGAGCUGAUGUCAGAGGACCCUAUAGCUUCCUCACCCAGCAGAGAGAAGAAGGAGAGGGACAGAGAUGCUGCAACUCCUUGUGGUGCCUUCUGUGCUGAGUUUUCAGUGGUGAUAGAUGGCCCUUGUUGCUGUAGUGGUGACUGUGUUUGUUUGCAUCCUGCUCACUAAAUCACCUUCACCUAAGAUUUAUUCUGACUUGUUGAAUGGUCUGAGCAGCUUUCAACUGCUGCAUUUUUUUUUUUUAAUGGAAAAGAAAAAACCCAGCUUGAUUAACUCCUUCCUACCCCUCCCACCUUUCUCUAAGCAUGGAAUUUCCCUCCUACUAUGAAACUACAUAGAGGGCAGGAUCAACAGCACUCAGAACAGUACCAGGGACAUUCGCAGCUUGUGGACUGCAAAUCACAGGGCUAUAAGCUGGAUAAGCUUCCCAGGCUGCUCUUGGAAAGGAUGCUUAUGGCUCCAUAUAUGAAACGUGCCUGGCAGCUACAUUAUUGGUAUUACUGUUAAGUAUCGAGAGAGAUGUUAGACUAGAAAAGAUGUCUGUAGUAAGGCACUGCCAGGCACAUGCCUGCUCUCCCUAACCGCGGUGCCCCUGGGAAGGAAAGAUGUUUGUCCUCUCCUGGGGCGCAGAGCGUGGCCACCAGCGUGGCCACCCAGCUGGCAAGAGCACCAAAAGGAAUGUGAGGCUUUUGAAUAGCUGGCAAAGGGUGUGAGACAGGGGAACCUUGCAAGGAGCUAAGCUUAUCUUGACACUCUCCCUGCAGAGCAAGCUCAGCACAGGUCCCUGCACAUUCCCUGGGGGGCUGCCUGCCUGCCUGACACAAGCCCUGAGCCCCAGUGCUCUGGCAAGUCUGUGGGGGGGGGGCCUGCUGGAGAUGAAGCGUGUCUCUUCCUCUGCUGCAGGCUGUGCAGCACUCUGUUCUGCUCCAAGCAUGGCUGUGCUGUGAGUGAGUGUGACUGGGUUAAUGGAGUAUGUCAAGGGAGCGAGGGCAGCGUUUGGCAGCGAGCUACUGACUUCUCAGGCCUGGGGAAGUGGUAUGUUACAGCUCAGCUUCUCACACAGAAUGAGCCUCUGGCUUAGGGCUGUGGUUUUUUUAUUUGUGCCUAUACAGACACACACAUUUAGAAUAUAUGUAUUUUUUUAAAUAUAAUUGAAGUGACUUGGAUGGCUGAUGGCAACACUGGAUUCAGAAAUUUGCAUUUCUGAAAAUGGUCUGGUGAUAACACAAGGUGCAGGAGAUGAGCAGGGUCAUGACAGUACAUUAGAGGAUGGUGGCUGGGAGAGGGCAGCACUGUCUGCAGGCAGGGGGAGUUGUCCUUCUGGAAGAACUAAAAGUUAAGAGUCUGGAAGGGCAUCAGCAGUGCCUGGUACCAGUGUUAAGUGAACUCAUUCAAGGUAGUCUCAGCCUUGAAGUUGAUGUAACAUUUCUUGAAGAAGUCUUGAUCUGAGACCUUUGCUUUCUCCUGACAUAGUGAAACAGGCAUGUCUUGGGACAAGGGAGUGGUUCCUGGGAUUUGGUGAGAAAGGCUCAUACUUGUCUUCUGCUUUUGCUAAGUCCUGUUGUCAAUCUUUUUGUUGGAGAAAAGGUUGGAGAAGUGUGAGGAAACCUUUCUACUUUUCACUGAAUGACAAAGUAAAUUAUACUCUCCUUCUUUAGGAAAUCUUUCCCUUUUGAUUUGUGAUGUCAUUUCACCUUUCCAAGCUCAAGGCCACUCUGAAGAGUCCCAAACGUGUAUCAGAGGGAAAUCUUGAAAUGUUGAGAUCUGCUGGGUUCAAACUAGCCUGCUGGAGGGUGUGCAGGAAGCCCUGGCUGUGAAAUAUAGAAACCCAAUGGAUGCAGAGCUCUGUAAAGUGCCACCUUGUGCUGGCUGGAUGCAAAGGAGGAAGCAUGGUAAAGGCAGCAUCCUUCCAGGAUUCAUGGGCUCUUUGAGAGAUGAUCAGAGGGAGGCCAGAUGAGCUGCAGAACACACACACCACUGUUUCUCAUCUGCAAAGGCAGCGUCGGAGCGUUCUCCCCAGCCCCGCGCCACCCGGCUUGCCCGAUCGUUUCCGGAUGUUUCGCAGCUGCGAGUGGGAAGUCCUGGAGCGAUCCCUCAAUAUCCUCCAGGCCAGUGACUUCUACUGGGGCCCCUUGUCUGUGGGGGAGGCUCACGCCAAGCUCCAGCGGGAGCCCGUAGGCACCUACUUGGUGCGGGACAGCUCGCAGGGGAACUGCUUGUUCAGCCUGAGCGUGCGGAUGCCCACGGGGCCCGUCAGCCUUCGAAUCUCUUUCCAGGAGGGCUAUUUCCGCCUCAAGAACUGGUUUUCAGAUUGUGUGGUCCGGCUGCUGGAGCUGGUGGUGGCGGGAACCCGGAACAAUCCCUUGCACUUUGAUGAGAUGGGGGGAACUCCCCUGGUCUUCUCUGAGCCCUUGUGCCGGAGCCGCCGGGCAGUGCCCACGCUGCGGGAAUUGUGCUGCCGGAGCCUCCCUGCUGGUGCCACGACUGAGGACAGAGCAGGGCUGGGGGGCUCCUUGGGAAUGUGUCUGAGGGAAGAGGUGUUCUCACCUCUGGACAGAAGGGGAGGGUCAGAGGGGAGCAUUGGCCCCGGCCCCUCUCUGUCCUGGGCUAGGAGAUGAUGCCACGCAUAUGGGAGAUAAAAGGAGAUGCCUCUUUUGUGGCUGUGCUGGUGGGGUGUGUGCCACACCAGUGAUGCUGGACUGGCUGCUGGGAGAGGAAGUGGGAGGGCAGAAGGAGCAGAGCUUGUACCCAGUGGCUGUGACAGAUGUGUCCUCAUACAUACACAGUGAGUGUGACUUUCCCAGACAUGCCUGGGGCAAAGCCAGACCUAAAGAGCAGACACUGCCACUGCCACCAAGUCUUGCUCUUUGCUCCAUUUAUAACUUAAAAGCUUCAGGAAAAGCUGAGUUGCCCGUCCUCCCAGGUUCGCCCUGUGUUCUCUUCUACCCCGAAGUGCCUGAGCUCAUUUCUGCCUCAAAUCUGCCCUGGUGGAGUGCAGCUGAGUCCAGUCCCACAGCAGUGCAGCUUGGACAUUGAUGGGCAUGACCCUUGUGCUGACCCACAAAGCUGUGGUGGGGCAAGAGCACAAUUCACUCCUUGUAGCUCUAAUGUGAUGCCUGUCACUUCAGAGGCCGGUGUUUGCACCACGUGAAACCAUUGCAGCCGCCGUGUACAAUACAUGCAGCUUCACUGGCUUUUGCAUUGCUUUAUUCAGUUGGAUUUUUGAGAGUGAAGAUGGGUUAUGCUGUACUUAAGGGUGUGACAUUCCUGCAGAGAUAACCCUGGUCUGGAGAGUUGUAUCUGCCUGGGGAGGGUGUGAAGAGAUGGGAUCCCGCACCCUUUCUUAAGCUCAUGUAAUAGUGUGCUGCUGCCAUCUGUCGAGCAUCAGAAGAUGUUUUGGUUUUGCCUCUGAAAGGCAAGGAAUUUUUUAUAUAAAACUUCUAAAAUUUUAAUAAAAUUUUUAUAUUGAUUUUUAAAAGUCAGUGAAUACUUGGUGAUAACUUCAUUCCCUUGUAAUGUUGGAAGCCCAGUUAGUUCAGUGCCCAGGCCUGGCAAUCAAACUGAAACUGAACAAGUGAAUUUCUAAUAAAGAACGAAAGCAGAGCGUAAAUGAGUGGUCCUAGCUGGGAGCAUUAAACUUAAACUUAAAUUCAUCUUGUAGUGUAAUGUAGUGAAGAAUUUUCUAAACAGAGAAUACUUCUGAAAAUCUCAGCCCUACAUUUUUAGAAAGUUUUUUUAGUACCUCAAAAUUUGUACUGAGUGUUUGAAAAAAAAAAAAGAGUAAUUCAAGAUCUUAGAACAGGGCGCAGCAUCAGUGAACUUCAACUGGUGAGUAUGAGUACAAAUGGGAGGAACAGUUGGCUUGAAUAGGGUCAUGGUUCAUUUCAGGGAUAGUAGGUAUGAUAUCUUCAAAAUAAGUGAUUGAAAACAGCUACAUGAAAGAAGAAAUUCACACACUCCAAAAUUUGAGCCAAACUAUUUUAUAGGCUGCUAAGCAUCCGUAGCUGGGCAGACAGCCUGCUUUGCUCAUGCUGACUUUCCUCUUCAGACCUCUACAGAAGAAAAAAGCUGAACAGGGGAAGAGAGUACACUGAAUUUGGUCUAUUGUCUUCAGCUGUUUUAUCUGAGGAACUAAAGAGUGUGGUCAGCACAGAGAGAGAUACAGGCUGUGAUUCAUCCCAGGAGCCUAACUUAGACACUCUGAAUUAUUCUCUGGAGCGCUUUGUUGCUCUGCUGGCAGUGAGGUGCCUGGCUGCCUGUCUCAGGGCAUUGGCUUACCAACCAAGGUGGUCAGAUAAGUGUCAGGGAAGUGGUGAUCUUUUCCUUACUGCAUGCUCCUUCCAGCUGCAGGGAGGCCAGAAGCAGCUCGGUGGCCCUGCAGCUACUGCAUCUGAGCCCAGUGCAAAAGCAGGAGCUGGGAUUGUUCAUUUCUGCAGGGUGUGUGCCCUGGGGUGGCUGACAUGUGGGCUUAGUGUUGCUUGCUGCCAGCAUCUCACGUGGCUCUGGGCACCUCUGGGACUGUUCCUGGGCUCUUGGGUGAAGCCCCUGCCUCAGCAGGGUCAGCCACACAUCUGCCCUCCCUCUCUGCCGUGGAAGAGUGGGACUGGAUCUGCUGGCCCAGGCAUCAUGUCCACCCCUUGAUUCUUUGCUUUCUUGAAGGUGUCUGCUGAGGUGCCUUGGCUCCCUUCCUGCCUUCCCUUCAGAAAGCAGGGGGGUGGAGGAGCAGUAUAAUUUCUUCCAUGUUUAGAACUGAGCACAGGAAUGCUUCUGUUUUCUGGCCACGGUUAUACCUCACUGAGGGAAGAGCUUUCUGACAGUAUUGCUCUGACCUGGCUGUGAACUGCUCUCAUUUGGCCGCAAAUGAGCAUCUUGGGUUGCGUAGCUGGGGGCUGCAGAGGAGCCCUAUUUGCAGCCUGGAUUGCACUUUAGGAAAAUCACACCAUGGGAGAAGGAAAUUGUUUGGAUUUUAAUAAAGUCUACUUUAUUUUGUUUCUCUUUUUUUUCCUUUUUUUUUUUUUUUUUUUUUAAGUUUAAUUGCGCAGCAAG